UGUAACACAUGCUCGGCAAUCGGGGAUUUUAUUUUGAAGGUUAUAAUCGAAAGUCAAAGACACCACAAACAGCUUGAUUCUCGUACGGACGGAGAGGUUUCAUCCACAAAAACACUCAGCUCGGGAUCAGCACUGAUGGAGGAGACUGGGGUUUGUGAGAUCGACGUGGCGACCAGAAGAAUAGUAGGAGGCAGCGAUUCACCGCCUGACCUGGACAGCCCUUGUCAGGAGGAUGUGGGCGAGUUCGGUCUGGGGUUGUGCUGCUCUGAGGAGGUGCGGGGGGAGACCCCGGGCAGGGAGGACAGUCCCAGUGACCUGGGAGAGGCAGAGCUGGACCCUGGAGGAGACAGCAAGUCCGGAGACGACAAGGCCUUCGGGAAAGAGGUUCUCCUGCUGAUGCAGGCCCUGAACUCCUUAGCCACACCUGAGGAGAAACUGGCUGCUUUGUGCAAGAAGUAUGCAGACCUGUUGGAGGAAAGCCGCUGCAUGCAGAAGCGUCUGAAAGCGCUGCAGAAGAAGCAGUCCCAGAUCGUCAAGGAGAAGAUCCACCUGCAGGGCGAGCACAGCAAGGCCAUCCUGGCUCGCAGCAAGCUGGAGAGUCUCUGCAGGGAGCUGCAGAGACACAACAAGACACUGAAGGAUGAGAACGCCCAGCGGUCCAGAGAGUACGAGGAGCAGCGGAAGGAGGCCAUGCUGCAUUUCCAGAUGACCCUGAGCGACAUCGAGGUGCAGAUGGAGCAGCACAGCUCCCACAACACCAAACUGAGGCAGGAGAACAUGGAGCUGGCAGAGAAGCUCAAGAAGCUCAUCGAACAGUAUGAGCUCCGAGAGGAGCACAUCGACAAAGUGUUCAAGCACAAGGAGCUGCAGCAGCAGCUCAUGGACGCCAAGCUGCAGAGAAUUGCCGAGAUGAUGAGAGAAGUGGAGGAGAAACAGCAGAGAGAGAGAGACUUUCUGCUGAAAGACGCCACCGAGUCCAGACACAAGUGUGAACUGAUGAAGGAACAGGAAACACACCUCAAGCAACAGCUCUCUCUCUACAUGGACAAGUUCGAGGAGUUCCAGAGCACUCUGGCCAAGAGCAACGAGGUCUUCACCACCUUCAGACAGGAGAUGGAGAAGAUGACCAAGAAGAUCAAGAAGCUGGAGAAGGAGACGACCCAGUGGAGGACCAAGUGGGAGAGCAACAACCAGGCUCUGCUGCAGAUGGCCGAGGAGAAAACUCUGCGUGACGGCCACUUCAAGGCCCUGCAGGGGAAGCUGGAGCUGCUGGAGCGGCUGUGCAGAGCGCUGCAGAAAGAGAGGAACGACCUCAACAACCGGCUCAGCCUCCUCCAGGAGCGAGGAGAGGAGGAGGAGGGCACGGCGCCCCCUGGAGCCCAGCAGCAUGAGCGCUCGGAGGGGGAGGCAGAGGGCGAGGAGGAGGAAGACGACGAACAGGACGAAGAGGAGGAGCAAGAAGGUUCGGUGCAGGAGAUAGAGGGGGAGAGCAUCCACCAGGCCACCAGGCCGCCCGAACUGGAGCCGGAGCCGGAGCCCACGGCUGCUACUGACAAAACCACUACUGCUACGCCAAGCGAGCCUCCAGCAGCCACAGCAGCCACCGCACCGCAGGACUGAAGGGGGCGGAGCCACUGAGCCCCGCCGUGGCCUCUGGGUAGGGAAGAAGGGUCUGACAGCAUCGGCCCACAGACCCUCAGCCUAGUUCUUCAACUAGACAGAAAAACCAUCUUCAGUGGAGAUAGUGAUUUCCCCCCUUUUUCUUUGAAGAAGUCUAGGACUUGUUUAUCCAGGUCCCGUCAUCGGAGGCCAGACCAAUAUCUUUUUUGUGUGAUAGUUUAAGAAGAGUAAAAUGAUUGUAUCAAUGAUUCUAUUCUAGUACUUCGCCCACGUUUACAUUCGUUGUAAUAAUUGGCUUUGUGGCGAGCACUUCGUACUCCCUGUUUUCUACCAUAACUGUAUUUUCAUAGGAGAUUUCCAUGCAGUCAAACUGAAACAUUUUUGAGUCUGACUCAGCUCGGCCUUUAAUUUCCCUCUUUACAUGUCUCUCUCUCUCUCUCUCUCUCUCUCUGUCUCUCUGCAGCUUCUUAUGUCUUACUGGAGAGUAUAGUUUAUGAUUAAGAUGAAUAGUGGCUCUGUCAGAUGCAUAUUGUUGGAGAUCGCCUCUUUAUUAAUGUAGCUUUGUAAUAAUAAUUUGAAAUCUGAAAAGCUGUCGGAAGAAAACAGGACUUGUGUAGGAAUUAUAAAGGAAUUGCAGUUUUCUGUAUCUCGGAGCAGAACUGGUUAUUUUAUAUCUGAACUGGCUGCAGGUUGUUUCUUCAUUUCCUCUCAGAUGCAUCGUCUUCUUCUUCAGCUUUUAAUUUUCUCGCGACCAAAACCACAGCAUACUCUGUACACGAUGACAACCCGACCCCCCAAAACCAUGUGUGUGUCAGCCAGCGCUCUAACUGGCUGUACAGUUUUCAAAGAUUCAUCUUUUCCCAUUUGAGCGUCAGUGGUUGUGCUGUAAAUCUGUGUUUGUGUGUUUCCUCCAGUCCAGUUUAAACACUGAAGUCUUAAAAAGGGCUAAAGCUGCACCUUCAGGCUGCUGGGUCCAGGUUCCUCUGCAGACCUGGAUGCUCUGCACGUCUCGGCCAGUCUUCUUUUUUUGUUCAGAGGUUGGGCAGAUGAUUGAUUUUGUAGAAGAGGGAAGUCAUUUUUU